AUGAGAGACAAUAUAGAGCCUGAUGAUGUGAGGCUGGUGGGAGGAGGCAGUCGCUGUGCUGGUGGAGUGGAGCGGUACGACCAGGGAGAGUGGAGGACUGUGGGAGCUAGAGACUGGGAGGAUGUAGCUGCAGUAGUGUGUAGACAGAUGGGUUGUGGCUCCACUGUUUCAGUUCUACCUGGAAACACCACUGGAGGGUUUGAAGUUUACUGUUCUGGCUCUGAGUCUGUACUGAGGGAGUGUUCCAGAAUUUAUGAUCUCUAUUCUGGAUUCACAGUGAUCUGCUCAGAUCUCCUGGUCCAGCCUGAUAUCUCCCUGACUGACUCAAUGGGAGGGGUCUCCAGGGGCCACCAGGGGCCCGAGAUGUUCAGGGGCUACAGCUUCACCAUCACCUGCUCCAAUCAGCCACAGUACCCAGGAGGCUCCUUCCUCCUCACGUUCACCGGCUCCAAAAUAUCCCAGACCCAGCCAGCUGUCAAUCACUCUGCUGCCUUCCUCUUCCCUGCUGCAGAUGACUCCCACCAAGGGAACUACAGCUGUGUUUAUGACAAUCAUGUUUUCUCUCAUAACUUCUCCUCUGAGAGUGAGCUCCUCUCCCUCACCAUCACAGCCUCUCCUCUGCCAGCCUUCAUCAUCAGACACGUUGUAGUGGUGCUGAUCCUACUGACAGCCAUCACCACCUCCUACCUGUACUACAAGCCCACCAGGAGGCAGAAGAGAGUGAACAGGGUGAGCAGCAUGGAUCUUUAUGCCAAUGCCAUGGAGAUGGUCUCUCUGAGCUCCAGAGCUGAAGCUGGACCGGGAGAGGAGAGAGCAGCCCAGGGGACGGAGUAGGAGUAGAAUGAAGCUGACCCUACAUGCUGAUCUUAGGUCAGUUUUGUGUUUUAAAUGGAUGG